AUGGAUAAAUUUUUAAUUAAACGACCACGAAGUGGAGAGUCAUCUAAUGCUUGCAAAGCACCAUUAGGCUCUGAAUCAAGUGAGAAGAAUGCUCAUGCUAAUUUUGAUCUAGAUGACAUUAUUAGUGACCCGGGACUGCGAAAGCCGAUUGAAGAUUUUGAUAUCAGGAUUAGAGAUCAAGUUAGAAGGAAAUAUUUGACUAGAGGCCCUUGUCAACCAGCUGGGCACAAUUUUCCACAGAAAGAGUAUGGCAAACAAAGGAGGAGCUUUCGGGAUGCUUGGUUUAAACAACAUCCAUGGUUGGAGUAUAGUGUGACCAAAGAUGCAGUGUUUUGUUUUUGGUGUUAUCUUUUCAAGCCAAACAGAGUAAGUCAAAUAGGAGAAGAUGCAUUCACCAAGACGGGGUUCAAUAAUUGGAAAAAAGCAUUAGAAAAAUUUAUAGAACAUGUUGGUGCUGUGAACAGUGCACAUAACGAUGCUAGAGUACAAUUUCAAAGCUUCCAAAAUCAAAGGCAGAGUGUAUCGCACCAAUUAGCAGCACAUUCACAUGAGAUGGAGGUUGCAUACCGUAUUCGUUUAACUGCGAUUUUGGAUGUGACACGUUUUCUUUUGAAGCAAGGCCUAGCUUUCCGUGGACAUGACGAGUCCUCGAGCUCAUUGAACAAGGGUAAUUUUCUUGAGUUGCUUGAGUGGUAUAGCCUACGAAAUGAAGAAGUUUGGAGGACUGUUAAUCAAAACGCCACUGGAAAUAAUCAAAUGACUUCACCAAAGGUUCAGAAGGAGUUAGCAAAUGCUUGUGCAGCGGAGAUUACACGUGUUAUUGUUGAUGAUAUUGGGGAUAAUUAUUUUUCCCUUUUGAUUGAUGAAGCUCGGGAUAUCUCAGUGAAAGAGCAAAUGGGAGUUAUUCUACGAUAUGUAAAUAAAGAUGGAUAUGUGAUAGAGCGAUUCCUUGCUAUGGUUCAUGUGCCUGACACUUCUGCCAUUUCUUUGAAGAAUGCUGUUGAUUGUUUAUUUUCUAAACAUAAGUUGUCUCUUUCAAGACUAAGAGGGCAAGGAUAUGAUGGAGCAUCCAAUAUGCGAGGUGAAUUCAAUGGUUUGAAGGCACUUAUCCUAAAAGAAAAUCUAUAUGCAAGAUAUGUCCAUUGUUUUGCUCACCAACUUCAAUUAGUGAUUGUUGUUAUUGCUAAAGAUAAUAGGAUUGUGAGUGAUUUUUUUCAAUAUGUUACUAUGAUUGUUAAUGUGACCCGAGCAUCGUGCAAAAGGAAAGACCAACUUCGGCAACAUCAUCAUGAUAGGUUGGUUGAGCAGUUAGAGAAAGAAGAGAUAGUCAGUGGCAGAGGAAAAAACCAAGAAUCCAGCUUAGCACGACCAGGGGAUACUCGUUGGGGAUCACAUUACACUACAAUUCUUCGACUAAUCUCUAUGUGGACUUCAGUGUUAGAGGUACUCCAAAAUGUGCAUGAUGAUGGUGCUUCUAAUGAUAAUAGAGGUAUCGCGGCAAGUUUAAUUGAAAAAAUGGAGAAUUAUCAGUUUAUAUUCAUAAUGUAUUUGAUGAGCCAUUUGUUAAGGAUAACAAAUGAAUUAUCACUUGCCUUACAACAAAAGGAUCAGAAUAUUGUUCAAGCCAUGCGUUUGAUUGAGGCUGUGAAAGCUCGGCUUCAAGGCUUAAGGGAGACUAGAUGGGAGGAAUUUAUGGAGGAGGUUAUUGAUUUGAUUGCACAAGAAAUACAAAACCAUUUUCCAGAAGCUAGCACAGAGUUACUUCUUCUCAUGUCAUACCAUGAUCCAAGGGACUCGUUCUCCAAAUUUAACAUCCAGAAGCUACUUCGCCUUGCAGAGCUUAAUCCCGAAGAUUUUUCAAUGACUGAAUGCAUGAUGCUUGAGGAUCAACUUGCCACCUUCAUUUACGAUGUGCAGCAUGAUGAAGAUUUUACAAAUAUUAGGGACUUGGGAGAUUUUGCUAGGAAGAUGGUUGAGACAGAAAAAUGUUUUAUUUUCCCGCUUGUUUAUCGCCUUCUUGAGUUAGCAUUGGUUUUGCCAGUUGCGACAGCUAGUGUUGAGAGGGUGUUUUCGGCAAUGAAUAUUGUGAAAACUGACUUUCGGAACAAAAUGGGAGAUGAAUGGAUGAACGAUAGUCUAGUUGUCUAUAUUGAGCGGGAGGUUUUUGGAAAUAUUGAUAAUGAAACAAUUCUACAACGUUUUCAGAAAAUGCAAACUCGUCGAAUGCAGUUACCUCCUCUUAAUCGCAUGCCUCGCGUGUUCAACACUAGAACUGGUGUCGGUUCUAUUUCAAGUGUCCCUAGAUAA